AUACACAUACGCAUAUACAGUAAAUGCAAGGGAUUGACUAGUAGAGUUUUGCGGUGAGUAUUUUGGGCGGACAGACAACCGACUGAUUAAAUCAUUCCAACAGCAACAACAUCUGCAAAAGUGCGACAGUGACUAGAUAAUGGCUUCAUUACAGCCAAGUCAUACGCUUAGGCUUGAUGCCGAUGCCAACGCAGCUGAAAUAUCUUCGGAAGACGAGGUUUCCCUGCAUCCUCAAAGUGGAAAUCCGCAAGCACCUGUCAUGUCUCUAGAUGACGCCAAAGGACAUCACACUGUAGCCGACGAAACAAACGAAUCUGAUUUUACCGGGGCGAUAAAUACAUCCGGUGAUAUUCUACCGAGGGACAGGCUACUCAAAACUCCUACCUACGACUAUGCAUAUGAAAAGUCAAUGAGCCACGCGGAAGCAAAGCUUUUUUAUCAGCAGCAUCAGUUCGCCUCACGGAAUGCAGACGAUGAGCCUAUCCUAAACUCGGUACCUGCAAAUUACAAUGCAGCUGUCACACAGACAGCGGACGCGCCAAGCUACGCGCCAGCGUUAAAGGAACACAAUGACAGCGAAGACGUAAUAGCCAGCACUGUUUGUGAACAUGAUUCAAUAGCAGAAACCCAGCCCACUAAAGACUCUACAUCGCUAGAUCAGCAUGGCCCGCAGUUUACCCAUGAACAUCAUUUCAACAGUCCGAUUAUGAGCGCUGAUCACGGUACUUAUGGGAUCAAUAUGGUGCUAUCCAAAUCCCAGGACCAAUUGCGUCAAAGUCCAUUAGGGGUAGGCAAUACGCAUUCUGCCGGGGACAACUUGGGAACCGCCCAUGGCACGACAAAUAAAACACCAAAUGGCGAUGCCGUUACAUCCGAAUUGAACGUAAUCUGCCGCAAAAUAUUGGGCUUGCUGGACCGGCGAUCUAAAUAUAUCCAGCUAUCAUUGCAAGGUCCUGGAGAUAACCCAAAGGAUCGCCACGGGUGGAAGGUCUACCCUGCGCCACCAGAACCAGCCUGGGAAGGGGACAAUGAAACCGGGAAAUUCAGCGACAACUCUCGUCCUGAACAGAAGAAAAGGAAAAUGGGUCAAGAUAUUGGGGAGGAUUUUGAUAUGACCGAAUGUCUACCGCUCCCUGAGAAUUCCGACUGGGUUUUCAGGCUCGAUGGGAACAGUGUAUAUCAAGUUUACGAGAGCGAUAAUGCCGCCAGUACCAAUCAACCUGUUGUACGAAUCCCCUCGCUAAGAGAUUUCUACAUGGAUCUCGAUGCGGUCACAGAUGUUUCAACCGACGGCCCUGCAAAGAGCUUUGCAUUCAAACGCCUAUCUUACCUGGAGGGGAAGUUUCAGCUCUAUACUUUGCUCAACGAAUACCAAGAAAUCGCCGACAGCAAGAAAGUACCUCACAGAGAUUUCUACAAUGUCCGAAAAGUCGACACACAUGUGCAUCACUCCGCAUGUAUGAAUCAAAAACAUCUCCUUCGUUUCAUUAAAAGCAAAAUGAAAAAAUCCCCCGAUGAAGUUGUAUUAUUUAGAGACGGGAAGCAUCUGACGUUGAAAGAGGUGUUCGAGAGUAUCAAUCUCACAGCUUACGAUUUGAGCAUUGAUACACUUGACAUGCACGCGCAUACAGAUUCUUUUCACCGUUUUGACAAGUUUAAUCUCAAGUAUAACCCCGUCGGAGAAUCUCGGCUCCGAGAAAUAUUCUUGAAAACAGACAAUUACAUCAAAGGACGUUACCUGGCGGAGAUAACGAAGGAGGUCAUUUCGGACCUGGAGUCGAGUAAGUACCAAAUGGUGGAAUGGCGCAUCUCAAUAUACGGCAGAUCCAUCCAGGAAUGGGAUAAACUUGCAGCUUGGGUAGUUGACAACAAGCUUUUCUCCCCUAAUGUUCGUUGGCUUAUCCAAAUACCCCGACUUUAUGACGUAUACAAGUCAAGUGGGAUGAUGGAAAACUUUGAGCAGGUUAUCACCAAUGUCUUCCAGCCGCUGUUUGAAGUGACAAAGGAUCCCAGUAGUCAUCCAAAACUCCAUAUAUUCUUGCAGCGUGUGGUCGGUUUCGAUAGUGUCGAUGACGAGAGCAAAGCGGAGCGACGACUGUAUAGAAAAUACCCUAUCCCGAGGGAAUGGAGCACCAAACAAAACCCACCCUACAGCUAUUGGAUAUACUUCAUGUUUGCUAAUAUCGCAUCCUUGAAUAUUUGGCGGAAGCAACGGGGAUUCAACACCUUCGUCCUGAGGCCGCAUUGUGGCGAAGCUGGUGACCCUGAUCAUCUUGCUGUUGGAUUCCUCUGCUGUCACAGCAUUAGCCAUGGGAUUCUACUUCGGAAAGUUCCUUUACUACAGUAUCUAUUUUACCUUGAUCAAAUCGGGAUUGCCAUGUCGCCUCUCAGCAACAAUGCGCUGUUUUUGACAUAUGACAAAAAUCCUUUUGCCAAUUUCUUCAGGCGAGGUUUGAAUGUAUCGUUAUCUACCGAUGAUCCAUUACAGUUUGCUUUCACCAAAGAGCCCCUGAUCGAAGAGUACUCAGUGGCUGCGCAGAUUUAUAAAUUUAGCGCUGUUGACAUGUGUGAACUAGCGAAGCAUUCAGUCGAGCAAAGUGGAUUCGAGCUCUCCUUGAAGCAGAGAUGGCUUGGCGCGAAUUGUUCAGCAGCAGGAGUCUAUGGAAAUAAUGUUGCAAAGAGCAAUGUCCCAGACAUUCGAGAAGAAUUUAGACAUGAAACAUUGAUGAGAGAGUUGGCACUUCUCCAGGAUUGGAAGAUAUCUUGACCCCCUGAAUUCUCAAUUGAAAGCAUGCUCUUUCAGGGACCAGCCGCAGCCUGGCGUGACUACAGAAAAUGAAAGCCACCCCUGAGACCAACGUCACCGGAGAUACUUGCUUUGCAAAUCCAGCCCACCACCUUUCGGGCACUAAAUCUAGCGAGUCCACCGGGCCUGAAACGUUGCCAGAACAAAAAAUAUUCCCUGGUAUUGUGCACGAGAGGGCUCAACGGGGUAGUAUGUUGACUCGAUCAUUGGCGGAAGAUAACAAGGUUACGAAAGACGAAGAUAAAGUGGAGGGCAAUAAUCACCCCAGCUCAUCAUAGUAUAAGGCGAUGUUAUGAGGGCAGACAG